CUCGUGCGCUCCAGAUCUACAGUAACCGUCAGCAGAGAUAGCAGACAGCAGGCACGUCCUUGCGCUCAGGCUAACUCGCUCUCGGUUUCGGUUCGGAAUGGACUCUCGCUCGGGCAUCCGUAGAUCCAAGACGCUCAACUUUAAGAGUGCUCUGACGCUGUGGCUAGUGUUGUGGUUGGUGAUGUGUCGGUGUGCACCGGGGGAAGCAUGUCCAAAGCUGUGUGUGUGCUACCCGUCGCCCAUGACGGUCAGCUGCCAAUCACAGAACUUCACAUCGGUCCCCAUCGGUGUUCCGUACGACUCUCAGCGCGUCUUUCUGCAGAACAACCACAUCACAGAGCUCCGCGCUGACUCCUUUGGCUUUGAGACACAGGUGCUGUGGCUCUACUCCAAUAAUAUCACGUGGAUCGAGGGAGGUGCGUUCAGCUCGCUGCGCGUGCUUGAGGAGCUGGACUUGGGCGACAACCCGGGGCUGCAGCAUCUGGACGGCGGCGCGUUCCGAGGCCUGGAGCGUCUGCAGAGCCUGCACAUGCACCGCUGCCGACUGGCCACGCUCCCCGCUGACCUCUUCCUCAAGCUCUACAGCCUGCAAUUCCUCUACCUGCAGGAGAACCUGCUGACGCACCUGGCCGACGGCCUCUUCUCUGACCUGGUCAACUUGACCCACCUGUUCCUGCACGGCAACCGCAUCCGCGUGCUGGGUGAAAACGCCUUCCGCGGCCUGGUCAACCUGGACCGGCUGCUCGUCCACGACAACAAGGUCCGGCAGGUGCAUCGGCGGGCAUUCCGCGACCUGGGCCGCCUGACCAUCCUGUACCUGUUCAACAACUCGCUGGCCGAGCUGCCGGGCCAGGCGCUGAAGGACGCGGGCUCGCUCCAGUUCCUGCGGCUCAACGCCAACCCCUGGGCCUGCGGCUGCGAGGCGCGCGCCCUCUGGGACUGGUUCCGUCAGGCGCGCAUCUCCAGCUCCGACCUGAUGUGCAGCAGCCCCGCCCAGCGCCGCGGCCAGGACCUGCGCUUCCUGCGCGAGAUGGACUUCGCCCUGUGCCCGCUCCCUGACCCAGGCUCCCUGGCCGGCACCACCACCACCACCUUCAGCACCAAGACCCGCUGGUGGUUCUCCAAGCACAAGCCCGCCAAGACCGCCGGCAAGAGCGCCACCGCCACCGCGUCCGGCAAGGCCAUGCUGCAGAAGAGCACCGAGAAGAGUGUCCGCCCGUUCCCCUUCAACUCCGUCAAGCCCCACAACCCCUCAUCUUCCUCCUCCUCCUCCUCGUCUCCACAGUACUCUCUGUCCCCAGAGGAGGUGGCCUUGCCCAAGCUGGAGCCGGAGGAAUACUGGGCCAACUACGGCAGCGAAGACGCCGCCUCCAUCCGCUGCUUCGAGACGGACUGCUACGACAACCCCACUCUGUCCUCCUCGUCCUCCGCCCCCUCCCCUGCUCUCUCCCCCCGCUCUCUUCUCCUCUCCUCCAUCUCCUGUGCUCUGGUGCUCACGCUGCACCUCCUCUUCGGCUGAAGGGGGUGCUCUCGUCCAUCUCUUUGGUCCCUGGGUCUCUUUGGCCUUCCCCUUGGGGGCUCUGCCUCCUGCCUACGCUUGGCCUCUGGGCUUUAGAAGGCUGCUGUGUUGUUAACAGAUGCAUGUGCAUUCAGUAAUACUCAGUAACAUGCACAGACACACACGCAUUGAUAUACACAUACAGAUAAACAUGCACACACGCACACACACACACACACAGAUAUAGAUGUACACAUACAGAUAUGCACGCACGCACACACUCUUUCUCACACAGACACACACACACACACACACAGAUAUAGAUGUACACAUACAGAUACGCACGCACGCACACACACACAUGCAUACAAACAUACAGGGGGUGGUGGCUGAAACAGAAUACAGGUAGGUUCACAUGCUUGUAUUCAAACAAAUGAGCGUAUACAUACACACACACACACACACACACACACAUACAGCAGUGUGCAGAAACACACAUGAAGUACACAAACACAGGAAUGAUAGCCAGUAAUGCACUGGAGCAUGAGUGAUAGCGCGAGACACCGUGCCGUCCCACAGCGUGAUGUUAGAGAUGGUGACCAAUGGCCAGGGACAGAACAGGACCACAGCAGAGAGAACGCGCAGGCAAGCUACUCAUGGACAUCAAACAAAAACGAAACAUGAAGGAAUUUGUAAAUAUCGUCUGUACAGGUCUCAUCUACACACACACACUGUGAUGGAGUGACAAUUUCAUAUUCCUAACAUAGAAACAAACACAUACACACACACACACAAUGGUGUUAAAAGAAAUCCUUAUGGGUGGAGUCAUUGUGUUAGGUGUGUGUUUUGGUCCGUGAAGACUUUGCACUGUUCUGUUUGUUUGGUUUGGUUAGAUUUCCCAUUGGUUGACUUUGUAUGUUUGGAUGCAAGUGUGUGUGGGUUGUGAGUGUGUGUGUGCGUGUGUGUGUACUGUAUGUGUGUGUGAGAGAGAGAGACAGAGAUAUUGUGUUUGUGUCUGUAUGUCUAGAGGCAUGUUUGAGUAUGUGUGUGUGUGUGAUUGUGUGAGUGUGUAUUAGUGCAGUAUGUCUCUGUGAUUAUGUCUUUGUGAAUGAUGGAGCACACAUGUUUAGGAAUGUCUGAAUGGUUGUGUGUGUUUGUGUGUGAGUGUUUGUGUAAGAACAGAGUUUCAUCAGGCUCUGUCCAGGUGCAGUGAGAUUCAGAGAGUGUGUGUGGAGAUCCUCCUCCUGCUACUGCUGUCUCACCGCCUCUCAUUACAGUAGCGAGUUUAACGAGGUGGCUAACGAGUUCUAAUUAAAGAGAGAGAUAGAGAGAGAUCGCCCUGUACUGUGUCUUCUGUACUUUUCAUGAAACCUUUCAGUUCAUGAAACUGUUUCAGACCCCCAUGUUUUCUUUCAACCUAA